AUGGAUUGGAAAACAUUAUCAAGCAGUGAGAAGAGCCCAAAAAUGGAGCGCUGGAAGCCAACUUCAAUAUUGGAACCGGAACCACCACCGCCCAUACCGCCACGCACAUUUAUGCGUCAAUCGAGUUUCACGAAAAUUGGAAAUAUGCUUAAUACGGCCAUAAAUAUGAAUGGCACUAAAAAAAUACAGAGUAAUGGAGAAGCUUCCUGGUGCUUCUCGCAGAUAAAAGGCGCCUUAGACGAUGACGUCACCGAUGCUGAUAUUAUAUCCUGUGUGGAAUUCAAUCAUGAUGGUGAAUUGCUGGCAACGGGUGAUAAAGGCGGACGUGUUGUCAUCUUUCAGCGCGAUCCAAUGUCGAAAACGGCAAUACCACGUCGCGGUGAAUAUAAUGUUUACUCAACCUUUCAAUCGCAUGAACCCGAGUUCGAUUACCUAAAGUCAUUGGAAAUAGAGGAGAAAAUCAAUAAGAUACGAUGGCUGCGAAGAAAGAAUCCUGCGCACUUUUUAUUAUCAACCAAUGAUAAGACGGUUAAGUUAUGGAAGGUCAGUGAACGGGAUAAGUCGUUCGAGGGCUAUAAUACAAAGGAGGAGAGCGGUCUGGCGAAGGAUCCGCAAAAUAUAACUGGCUUAAAAGUUCCUUCAGUUAAGCAAAUUCCACUUAUGGUGGAAGCGUCACCACGCCGCAACUACGCCAAUGCACACACCUAUCACAUCAAUUCAAUUAGCGUUAAUUCUGACCAAGAGACUUAUCUGUCCGCCGAUGAUUUACGAAUCAAUCUGUGGCAUCUUGAGGUGACCGAUCAAAGUUUCAAUAUAGUCGAUAUUAAGCCAGCUAAUAUGGAAGAGCUAACGGAGGUCAUAACCGCUGCCGAAUUCCAUCCAACCGAAUGCAAUGUAUUCGUGUACUCGAGCUCGAAGGGCACAAUACGUCUAUGUGAUAUGCGUUCAGCUGCGCUGUGCGAUCGACAUAGCAAACAGUUCGAGGAGCCGGAGAAUCCAACGAAUCGCAGCUUCUUUAGUGAAAUAAUAAGCUCUAUAAGCGAUGUAAAGCUAAGCAAUUCGGGUCGUUAUAUGAUCUCUAGGGACUAUUUAAGUAUUAAAGUAUGGGAUUUACACAUGGAAACGAAACCAAUUGAAACUUAUCCGGUUCACGAAUACUUACGCAUUAAACUCUGUUCACUGUAUGAGAAUGACUGUAUUUUCGACAAAUUCGAAUGUUGUUGGAAUGGCAAGGACACUUCCAUAAUGACGGGCAGCUAUAACAAUUUCUUCAGAGUGUUUGAUCGCAAUUCGAAAAAGGAUGUCACAUUGGAGGCGUCACGCGACAUUAUCAAACCAAAAACGGUGCUUAAACCGCGUAAAGUUUGCACCGGUGGCAAGCGAAAAAAAGACGAGAUUAGUGUCGAUUGUCUCGACUUCAAUAAGAAGAUACUACACACAGCUUGGCAUCCGCAAGAGAAUGUAAUUGCUGUGGCGGCCACAAACAAUCUGUUUAUAUUUCAGGAUAAGUUUUAGCUAAAACUCUCUCAUCUACUUCAGUUCAACUUCAUCACCACCACCACCAUUAUGGCGUCGUUAAGAAUAAUUAUUAUGCUUAAUUCUAAAUUUUAUACUUAUCGCUGCUGCAAAUGCUAUCACUCACUACUACUACUACUUGCUAUCAGUACUGUGUAAUCAGAGCAAACAAACAAACAAAAAAAAAAAACAAAUAAUACGAUCAACUUUUGAUCGUAAUAUUAAGCGAAAUACGAGGACGGACAUGGAGUCUAGACGAAUGCGUCGGCGUAGGCGUUGUCACAACUCAUAGCAUCAUACAUACAUAUAUAUACACAUAUAGUUAGAUAUAACUCACUAUUAGCGCUAAUAAUUAACGAAACAAAAUCUCGAUUGGCAGUUGAUUAUUGAUACAGCAAUAACACGGUGUGUGUGUGUGUGUGUGUGUGUACAAGCCUCAGUCGAAACAACAAAAAACGUAAAGUUUUUAGUUUUAAGUUUUGCAUUCAAACGCGGCUUACACACUCGCGACAUGCUUGCUAGCAACGUGGAGAAAAAAGUGUGUGAGAAGUAGAGUCAAAGCGCGGAAAAGGAAAAAUACAGCUGGCUGCGCCAGUUAAACCAAACAAUAUAAAUCGUCUACUAUUGCGCACAAAAAAAAUAAAUAUGAAGAAAAAACAAGAAAACAAUAAACGCCUUAAACCAAAACUUUGUACAGUACUCUGAUUACAUUUCUGUUAAAUUCCUUAAAACAAUGUUGCCUCGGCUAUAGACUUUCAGCUACUUUUAGAAGAGAGUGUGUUUUUUAUACAAUAUUUAUGCGAAAUCAGUAAGAAUAACAACUAUUUAUGCAGUAAUAUGUUUGCUUAAUUUGUAAUAAAAACAGAAAUUGUUAAUAAUAA